AUGAAAACUAACGCUGUGAUUACCACGGACUUGUUCCAAGUGUUAGAACCUCUUCUCGUUGUAGCAAGAGUCGCAGGUUUUCUGCCUGUAACAUCCGAGAAAAAAGGGUCCCAGUACAGCAUUGAAGAAUCCUUAAAAUUCAAAAUCUACAGUUACGUCCUGGCUACAAUUUUAACGGUCCUCGCACUAUUAGGUCUAAAUGAAGACCUACCCAUCGAACACUCCAUAAGAAUGAAAAACUCUCUCAUUAAGUACAUAGUUGUAGUUGAUUUGGGAGAAAUCGUCGUUACGGUUUUCACAGGAGUUCUCACGACACCAUUUAAACUGAAAUACUUUUGGAAAAUUUUAAACAGCUUCACUAAAAUGGAAAAAGUGUUUUCAAUCCAUCGUACUUCAGACGAACGCCAACGUUCUAUUUUAUACAUGGGAGUUUCAUUAACCAUUGUCGCUUUUGUUCUAGCUUAUGACGCGGUAUUGUGGAUCAUAAAUGCAUCAGACAUGAGUGUCUUUUUUAAACGAUACACCGCCCUCUACAUUUUGUACUUUCUAGUUUUCAUCCAAGAAUUUCCGUUUUACUUUUUUGCCAGGUUGGUAAAACGAAACAUCGAAAAUUUAAACGGAGCUUUAAAACGUGGUUUAGAAGAAGUACUAAGAACCCAGAACAAACAAUGGGCACCCAUUAUAAAACUUGGUCAGGAACAUCCCGUCAAUACUUCCACUUCAGGACUCACAUACGAUCGGCUCACCGAUUAUAUGAAGUUAGUUGAAGAAAUUGAUGACACCAUAGAAGCAACUAAUGACUUCUGUGCAGUUCAUACACUAUUGAUUUUAUUCAGCUGUUUACUACAUUUGGUAGUAACACCAUACUUCCUUUUAGUAGAAAUUUGCAAUGGUGGUUACCUUCCUUUCACGUUUCUACAACUUGUGUGGAUUUUUGUCCACACUUGUCGACUCAUGGUGAUCGUUGAAAUCUGCCAAAGUGGCGUCAAUGAGUAUCAAAAAACCAUAAAUCUAGUUCUUAAAUUGUGGACAUCCCCACUCCCUCUUAAUAUCAAAGAACAAGUUGAAAUCCUCACAGUCCAAAUAUCGAACAAAAAGAUCAAAUUUUCUUCGUUUGGAAUGAUGAAGAUUAGCCGAUCCAUUUUGACAGCUUUUGGUGGUUCUGUUACUACUUUCCUAGUCAUUUUAUUCCAGUAUGGAGGUACUAAAGGUACCGUCUACGUUCGUAGUUAG